CGAAGUUUGGGGGGGAGGGGAUGAUCCAGCUGAUGGUACUGCCAUACAAUUGGGUGUNGAACGAAGAGACAUCGAAGGCAGACGUUGGCAACGUAGAACUAGAAAAGGAGUUCACUGAGGACGAGGUUGAGGCGUGUGAGAACAAGCUGAAGUGCCACAAAGCAGUAGGAGCGGAUGGGAUAGUCAACGAGUUCACGAAGUUUGGGGGGGAGGGGAUGAUCCAGCUGAUGGUACUGCCAUACAAUUGGGUGUGGAAAAACGAGUGUACGCCAAGUAGAUGGAGGGAAGGAGUGGUUGUGAACCUGUUUAAGAAAGGAGACAAUACUGACCCAGGAAACUGCAGGGGGAACACACUGUUGAACACAGUAGGAAAAAUGUUUUGUAAGCUGCUGAACGAUAGGAUAGUGCGAGUAUUGGAGAAGGUACAUAGCAUUAGUGAGGGCCAGGCAGGUUUCCGCAAGAAGAGGGGGUGCGUAGACCACGUGUUCACGGUAGGGAGAAUCAUCCAAGGUAGAAAGAGGGCGGGAAAGCCGACGUACUGCUUCUUCCUGGACGUGAAACAGGCGUACGACACCGGGAAAAUGUGGAGAGUGCUGAAGAAGAUGACAGAGUGUACGAAAAGCGCGGUCAUGCUAGACGGAGAACUGUCAAAAUUCUUCGACAUUGAGCAGGGGGUCCCACAAGGUUGCACGCUGUCCCCAACAUUGUUCCAGGUGUUCAUCAACGAUCUGUUGGAAGUCGUAGAGGCAGUCCGGAAGGGAGUAAAAGUAGGGGACACGGAAACGUCGGUUUCAGGAAUGCUGUUUGCGGAUGAUUUUAUCGGUAUGUCGGACGCCCCUGAGGGACUGCAACUGCAAAUCGACGCGGCGAAGAGGUUUACUGACAAGCGGAGAUUGUCUGCCAACGUUAAGAAGAGUGCCGUCAUGGUAUGCAACGAGAACAAGGAGGAACCAGUAGAACAUAGAUGGAAGUGGGGGAUCGAGGAGAUUGCAGUAGUGGACCAGUACACAUACCUCGGAGUAGAGAUCGCAAAAGACUGCUCGUGGAAUGCACACAUGUCCAAGGUAGCGGAAAAGGGCAAAGCACGAGCAGGGAAGCUGCACCCAAUACUCGCAAACCGGCACCUCGAUACACGCAUCAAAUUGACGGUUUUGAAGAGCGUAAUCGUACCGCCGCUAGAGUACGCCGGGAGUAUGGGAAGGAAAUAAGAAGGUACAGUGAAAGAACU